AGUCUAGUAACGUUAGAGCUUCUUUUCUACAGUAUUCCGCAACUGGACUUGAGCCUCUUCCAUCCCGUCAACUUAUCCAGCGAUUGCUUGCUGCCCACUCUGGUUCAAAGAUAUCGCUGGGCUGCGGACGGCCUAGAUCAAAGAGAGUAUUUGGGUCUAAAAUGUCGUCCAUUUACAACCUCGAGCCGCAACCAACCGCCUCGGCAAUCAUCCACACCACCCAAGGCGACCUCUCCGUCGAGCUGUUCGCAAAACAGACCCCUCUGACCUGUCGCAAUUUUCUGCAGUUGGCGCUCGAUGGCUAUUACGACAACACUAUAUUCCACCGACUGGUACCCGGCUUCAUUUUGCAAGGAGGUGAUCCGACAGGAACUGGCAAUGGCGGAGAAUCUAUCUACGAUGGCGGCGCAUUGGACGGCGAGCUGGAUCCAUGGCCGGCAGACCAGCGACACGGCAAAAACGCGGGACCCAUGGGCGUCAACUUCAGGGACGAGUUCCAUUCCAGGUUGAAGUUCAACCGCCGAGGACUGUUGGGUAUGGCGAACGAGGGCAGGAUUGACUCCAACGGGAGUCAAUUCUUCUUCACGUUGGACAAUGCCGACGAACUGAACAACAAGAACACCAUGUUUGGAAGGAUCAUGGGCGACACGAUAUACAACCUUGCACGAAUAAGCGAGUCGGAAGUCGUGGAGGGUAGUGAGAGGCCACUCUACCCCAUCAAGAUUACAAGCAUCGAGAUAUUGGUCAACCCGUUCGAGGACAUGAAGAAGAGGGAAAGGAUAGCAAAACACAACCUACCGUCUGGGCCUGCUGCCAAGAAGGAUAAAAAGAAGCCAAAGGGCGGGAAGAAGCUAUUGAGCUUUGGCGACGAUGAGGGAGACGGCGAGGCAGCGCCCGUUCUGAAGAAAGCCAAAUUUGACACCAGGAUAGUCAUGGACAUUGACGAGGAAGAAGCCCCAAAACCAAAGGCGUUCAAGAAUAGAAAAGAGGAACAACCUACCACAAAAACCAUACCAGUCAGAGAGGUGCCAGCUGAGUCGCCGAAACCCAGAUCACCUUCCCCACUAAUCAAGAAGGAGGCGACGAAAGUCAAAUGGCAAGAUUAUGCUUUACCUGAGCCGGAUCUGCCAAAAGAGAAGUCAGCACUGGAGCAAGCGAAUGAAGAGAUUGCUGCACUCAAGGCGUCUAUGCGAAGAGAUGUUCCAGUCGAACAAGUCAAGGAAGUCAAGAAGACCGGUAUCGAACAAUUCAUACCAGAAACGGCGACACGAGGCAGGAAGAGAAGGAGGGGCGUUAAUGAUGACAGCAAGAUGACGCCUGAGUAUGCCCGAUUUGCAGAUUUCAAGGCAAAAUUACAAGCCACUGCACCUGAAGUCGUCAAGGAAGAGCGCAAGGUCGAUAGCAACGCCAACGAGGAUGAAGCAAGCAAACCAGCAGUAGGCGAUGACGACGAAGCCGAAUUGUGCGACCUGCACUUUAUUGUUAAUUGCCAGAGCUGCAAAUCGUGGGACAAGGUCGAGAAUGGAGAAGAAAGCGAUGACGAGGGGUGGAUGGGCCAUGCCCUCAGCUUCGCCGCAGAUAAGCUAGGCAAGGACCUAAGUUAUCGGAAGAAGGCUGAGGAGGAGCUCGUGGUGAUUGAUCCUCGGGAGAAGGCCCGUACGCUCAAAGAAGAGAAAAAGGCCAGGACUGAGGCGAGGGCCGGUGGUAGCAGCCGUGAAUGGGAUCAGGCUCGGAACGCAAAGUUGGCGAGGCAGAGCGCGUUAGCGGGUAGAGGUGCGCGGUGAGGCGCAUGUAUACCGUUUGUUCGUAUUGCAUUGCUAGAGAAAACACACUUUAUGAUACCCAA